AUGGAUCUGGUCGAAUCGCAUCAAUCAUGUCCUUUUUGCAAGGGUCCUGUAAAUAGUCAAAGGGAUAAAGUAAUCGUUAAGACAAAAGGUUUGGCAACGCUAAUUGAAAAGAGUAAAUCGAAAAGUGAUGAUAAAUGGACACAUUGGACUGGCUUAACAGAACUGCUCUCUCACACUUCUUGUCGAUUGCGCUAUUUGACUUCGCCUGUAGCUAAAUCAACAAUAUCUACGAAUGACUCUACAAUAUCAUCUCCGGGGACAUCUUGCACACCUGACAUCUCAAUGGCACCUUCAACUGCAAUUCGAGCAUCAGCAAAUCUUCUAACCAACACGCCAUCAGUCACCCCUCAGGAUGCGAAAGAUUUUGAUUUCAUCAAAUUAUGUUUUCUUUGUGGUGGUGAUUGCAAUACAAAACAAAACCAAAAUCAAUGGAGGUUAGUAAAACAGAAUUUCAUUCUGGAUAAAAUAUUAGAUGCAGCUACAACUCGAGAUGAUAGUUUAGGAGCAACAGUCUUAGACAGGCUUGAUGGAAUUACCUCCUUGGUUGACGUACAAGCCAGAUAUCACUCGAAAUGUUAUUUAUUAUUUUUUAAAGCGAACCAAACCGCACGUGCCCCAUCCCCUGCUACUGCUUUAAACAAAAAAUCAUUUGAAAUUGUUUGUAAUUACAUUGAAGAAAGUGGCAAAUUUGAAUUUACUCUACCAGAAUUACAAAACGUAAUGACACGGAACUGCCUUGACAGAAGGACUCUCUAUAAAAUGUUACACAAUAAAUAUGGCAAAUCGAUUUAUAUUCGUCAGCAGCAAGGGAAACCAACAAUUAUUUAUUACAAAUAUUUCAAUAUAGGGAGUAUGUGCAACAAAUUUUAUUGGGAUGAAGACUAUGAUGAAGAUGAGAAAGAGGUAGUUCUCAAAACUGCGGCUCGGUUACUUAGGACAGAUAUAAAGGCCAAGCAAUAUAAUGUAGAGAGUUUCCCACCAGCCACCCAAUUUCUUGAUGACAUUGAUAAGGACGUUCCUGAUUCACUCCGAUAUUUCCUAAGUGCAUUGAUUGAAAACGCACAAAGUGAUGAUUAUCUUGUGAAGAGAAAAAUUAUUUCACAUUCCAUAAUUUCAGCAAUUCGUUCUCGCAUAUUCAUUUCAACAUUGCAGUUAGCAGUUGGUACUUAUAUUUAUAGGAAAACUGGCUCAAGGCAAAUUAUCGAUAUGUUAGAUCAAAUGGGUGUCUCUGUGUCAUAUCACCAUUUGCAACAAUACGAAACGUCUGUUAUAUUAAAUCCACCUGAAAUGGCCAUUGAAGAUGGGGUCCAUAUUCAGCACGUUUUUGAUAACACGGAUCAUAAUGUCAGCACGUUAGAUGGCCAUCAUACGUUCCACUGCUUAGGUGGCAUCGCGAUUUACACCCCUGGGCAGGAUGUGUCAUAUCACGGCCGCAUCGCCAGAUACAAAACUCGUGGUAGUGCUACUUCUGCAGUAAUACAAGCCAAAGGCGGCAUUCCCACUAUUCCCUGCUCCUGCAAUAACUCGACAAGCCUCGAAGGAAUAAGUGAACAGCACAAAGAUCUGGGUGCUUCGCGCCAAAAAAGAGAUGAAGAGGAUUUGUACAAGUUUCUGUCUUGGUUCGACAGCCACCAACCAUUUGAACCGCGUGCUACUAUAAUGUCCUUGUCGACAGGAAUGUCCGGAACUGGAAUUGACUGUCAUUUGGCAAUAUCGAAAGGAAGGCAAGGGAUGUUGAGCAUGUUGGGACAAAAUGCUCGAAAUAUAUCACUAUCGAUGUUAAAUAAAGUGAAGAAUUUAGCUUCACUAAAAGCGAGUAUUCACCUAGCUGACACUCCACACCUUGCAGUCGACUCUGCAUUGCUAUUCCAACGCAUUUCAGUCGUUUUUCAAGGUGAUGCGGCACGAACACGGAACGCGUUUGAUUACGAACUUGCGCCAUAUCCUCUUACAUUAUUUGAUGAAAAAGGAUUCAUGCGAAAAACUUCUAAAGCUGAUCUAUACAAAGUAUUUAAAAAAUACAAGUCACACAUUCACACAGAGAUGUUUCUAGAGAAUUUUGUAUUUGUACUUGACGGAGGCUUUUUAUUACAGAGCGUAUGUUGGCCACACGGCGUAACGUAUCGUGAAAUUUUUCGAAGAUACCUCGAUUUCAUUGUACAUCAUUAUCGUGCUAAAGCCUAUGUAGUUUUUGAUGGCUACCACAACGACUCUUUAGGCGUGAAAUCUUAUGAAAGGUACCGACGAGGCGAGAUCAAUUUCAAAGCAAAUAUUGAUUUCACUGAAGACAUGCUGCUCCCAGUCACUCAGAAAAAGUUUCUUUCCAACAUCGGAAACAAAUGUAGAUUUAUUAAAAUGUUGUCCAAAUAUUUGCAUGACAAUAACGUACAAGUCGCCAUAGCUCCAGAAGACGCGGAUACCUUAAUAGUAAACACUGCAAUCAAGGUGAACAGAUCAAUCGAAGGUCCCGUGGCAGUAGUUGGGAAUGAUACCGAUUUAUUGGUGCUGCUCAUCGCAUUAAACAAUAACGAGAGAAAGACGAUUUAUCUGUAUAAAAUUGUUCCUGGGAAAACGAAAGAUUUGUACUCCACAGCAGAUCAGGAUGAAUUUAAGGAGUUUAUACUCUUCGCACAUGCGUUCGUUGGAUGCGACACAACGAGUUCGAUGUACAUGAAAGGUAAAAGGUCUCUGUUGACUCUUCUGCAAAAGAACAGAGAGCUUCGAAAUCUAGCCAAAGUAUUCUACGAUCCUCUAAGUAAAAUCGAUGCAAUAUGCACUGCCGCAGAAACUUUUGUUCUCCAUUUGUACGGGUAUUAUAAUAACGAUGAUAUUGAUAGGCAAAUGCCACUCGGUGAAGCGCGAUAUAAGAAAUUCGUGUCGUCAACAGCAACGGGUACAAGUACAAUGCGCCUGGCUAAGUUACCGCCAACUUCAGCUGCAUUGAAUGAACAUGCAAAGCGUGUGUACCUACAAGUUCAGUCGUGGCUGAGCAUUAUAUUACUACCUGAAAAUUGGGGGUGGAAAAGACGUUUAUCUGUUUUCUUUCCAACCAUGUCAACUGCAAGUCCAGCUCCUCAGGAACUUCUGAAAUUGAUUUCUUGUGGCUGCACAACAGACUGUGCUUACUCACAGUGCGGGUGCGCUAAAGCUGGGAUGCGAUGUUCUCAACUGUGUAAAAACUGCAAUGGUCUUAGUUGUAACAAUGCUUCCAUCAUAAAGCCUUCCUUGGAAGAGAAUGACAUAGAAGAGGCUGUUAUUAACGAAUUGUCCACUGCCCUGGAUGAAGAAGAUCAAGAGCAUGAGGCUUAUACGAUGGAUGAAGACGAUGAAAUGCUCAAUUAUGGCAACUAUUUUGAUGAAACAGAUUUAAUGUGA